AGUCAUGCGAUUUUGGCGGUUCACGUGCUUUUUGCUUCUUUUGGGUUUUUUCCAGUCGUCGUUCUCGGAGCUCACAGGUGGUUCAGAGCUCAACAUUGAUGUUGAAAAUGGCACAAGCGUCCACAUUUACACUAGUGCGACUGCUGGCGUAAACACACAGUGCCAGGUUUGUGUACGCCAGGUGUGCCAGUCUUCUGUGGUCCUCGACAGCGACACGCAUGUGAAUUUCAGCUGUUCAGAGCCAGAGAACGAGUUCACCGUGCAGAUCAUCAGAGACGAGCCUGUCAUAUCAGACAUUGAACCCCCAAAACACCUUGCCAUUCAAAAGUUCAAUCGGACCUUCACCUGGAAUCUGAAUCCUCCUGCUACAAAGACACUCCACUUGAGUUUCAGUACGACUGGUUUACGGCAGAUUGAGCUGACAGACGGCUGCCCAGACGAGCACGUUUACAUGCUCACAGCGGAGAAUGUCACUGUUGGGAGGUUUUGUCAGAGUGGAACUAUUACACAAAUCGAUGCGUGUCAAGUUGGAAAACUGUCUUUGGAGGUGUCAGGAGGUCAACCUCUGGACGUGAAAGCUAUCGGCGUAUCUCAGGGAUAUGCCAUUAAAGCACUGGUUAGAAUUCAUGUUGUUCUCCCAGAGAGGAGUUCAACCCAGGAUUUCUUCACCCCAAACACUUUCCCUGAAAAUAUGCAGAUAAUUUGGUAUUUCAAAGUGCCCCAGGCGUACUACGCAGAUGUUCGCAUUCUGAGACACUGCCUCCCAUCUGAAACCAUCCCUAGAAUGAGGUACUUUUGGCCUCGCACGAAGAAUCUGCUAAUUCUGAUGAAUGAAAGCCAGCCAAUGGUGGAGCCUGGUGACUUUUAUCUCUACAUAAGGAACUGCGACAUGUCCUGGCCAUCGCAAGGCCUAAUGGUCCACUUUCAGGUCGCUGCCAUCACAAGGACAAAGGGGCAGUGUAUAGGGCAUCUGCCUGAGAAUCAAACGCUACAAAUACGUGUGAUGAAAAAGAAUCCCAAGUCCACCUGUGUGUUGAAAGUGGAUUCGGACAUAAUGGACACGGUCACCAUAGCUUCAGGGAACCAUUACGACCUUGAUAUCUUUGACUGUAAAAAGGAAGAACUGGAGUGGACAGUCAACCAGACCAUAGAAUGUAAAGAAUGGAGACACUGUACAUCCACUCGAUUCCCUAUAACCUUCAAUUACGAGCUGCAGUGUAUCCCAGGAGUCCUGAAGACGAUCACAUGGGACCUUCACGGCCCACCGAACAGUGCAGUGGAGCUACAGUUCCCUAGAGGCGGUCUGCGUCAAUGUCUGCCGGAGGACAAAUGCAAUGGCAUCCUCCUAAAUGUGUCCCAUGUUAACACUGGCAUCACUGUUGGGCAGUUUUGUCCAAAGGGAAGCAUUAAGAAAAUCCAGAUCCGUGAAUCCAGUAUUGCGGUAACUGCCUCCGUUACAAGUUUCGGUGGCCAGAAUUUGGCAGCUAACACCCUUUUAACUUAUUCAUUUACACAGGACAUAUCAGAGCACUAUAUAUUCACUGUUGCACCGGAAAAUUAUAACCCUACCGUGUUGGCAACCCCAGUCUGGCCGUCCGGGAUGAAUCCCUCCAGCACGGUGUCCUGGAUCGUUAACAUUGAGCCACAGCUUGAGAGCAAACUGAAGUUCAGGAAUGUCAGCCAGCCCAAUUGUAAGGGGGAGCACACAAACAUUGCAGUGUGGACCAUUCCCUCGAAAACGGUGGUGUACAGUACUAAUAAGGAUGAGAAUAUUAAUGAAAUCCUGGUCCAAGGAAGUUUUUACCUUAACAUGAAAAACUGCAAUUCCUCAACAGUACCUUUCAGGGCAAUGAUGGACAUCACCCUGCAGAACAACACAAACCCCCUUCAUGUGGUCAUCAUCCUGAGUAUCGUGGGCAUUGUGUUAAUGAUCAUAACAGCCUUGGUGAUUUGGAUUAUUCUCAGGGAAAAGAAGAGGAAUAAGGCUCCCCCUGUGUCCGUCGACAGUCCCAAUCCGCAUGCUUUCCUUCCAGGCCUCCAUGGUAUCCCCAAAACACAGGAGGAGGAGGAAGAUCCUCACACUUAUGUGUACAUAGAUGAUACUCUAGUAUAUUCUCAUCUGCUUUUACGUGAUGCUGAAAAUGAACAAUGUAGUGAUGAGAGCGUCCCUCCUUUACCUGACAGACCAGUCACAAAAGGUAAAAGCCUAGUCACUAAAGACAGCGUGUUGGUGGACAAUGAGCUCUAUGGUUAUAUUCAGGGACAGUCAACUACACCUGGCUCACCAACGUCUCCCAUCAACACCUCUGAGGAAGGGGCCUAUGGAACUAGACUGUCUUUGUGAGGGAAAAGAGGCCUUGAUGGAAUUUUAUUUUCUACUUUAAAAUUAUAUAUUUUUUAAGUGUCUACGAUAUG